UAUUGUAAAUUUAUAAGUCGGAGUUUGUUGGUUGCGACCAUUUGCUUCUAUUUUUCUUUUUUCAACAAAAUUCAAAUCUACCAUUAUAAAAAGAAAACGGCGAGAGAUGAAAAUAUCUUGUUUUUUUAAAUAUAUAUUUUUUCUACCACGAAGAAGCGAGAUUACACGUGGCGACAUCCCAACGGCUUUACACCCUGCUCCCCCGAGUAUAUAAAGCUCAUCCUCCUCGACCUUCCUCUUCCUCCAUCACCAUAACCGUCGGAGCCAACACUUCAGCGCAGAUUCUGUUCUUCUCGUGGAAGCAGCAUUUUCGCUUCUGCAGAGCACAGCCUAUCUCUCUAACUGUCUCUUCGGACUUUCUCUCUCUAGAACCCGCGCUUGAGCUAUCUCAGCUCGGCGACCGAGGAGCUACUGGUGAGUGUCUCUGUUUCCUCUGCUGCUUUUUUUUUGAAGCAGAUCAUGUAAGAACAGGUUCUGUCUGUUUCAUGGCAAAGAUUCCGGUGAAUUCGGAGCAAAAGCCCCUUGUGUUGUUCAGCGCUCUAUUUUCUCCGAUUUGCCGGAGGAAACAGUUCCCUCCCAUGAGAGAGAUUACAGUUCCCUCCCAUGACACUGUAGGUUCAAGAGGCAUCUGAGAAAAUGACGGUCACGCCAAAGGUAUCCGUUCAGAACGACGACCUGGUGGUUCAAGGGAAGACCAUCCUCACCAAAGUUCCCGACAACAUUUUCCUAACUCCAGGAACUGCUUCCGGGCUUGUCUCCGGCGCUUUCAUAGGCGCAACAUCUGAUCACAGCAAGAGUUUCCAUGUCUUCCCCAUGGGUGUAUUGGAGGGACUUCGGUUCAUGUGCUGUUUCCGGUUCAAGCUCUGGUGGAUGACUCAGAGAAUGGGGACCUCUGGAAAAGAUGUUCCUUUGGAGACCCAAUUCAUGCUUAUAGAGAGCAACGACGAGGUUGACGUAAACGGGGACGAUGCUCCGACAAUCUAUGUCGCUUUCCUCCCUCUCCUCGAAGGCCAGUUCCGGGCAGUUCUGCAAGGCAACGAGAACAAUGAGAUUGAGAUUUGUCUCGAGAGCGGAGACAGGACGGUGGAAACCACCCAGGGAACUCACCUUGUCUACGUCCACGCUGGAACUAAUCCCUUUGAAGUCAUCAGCCAAGCCGUAAAGGCUGUAGAGAAACACAUGCAAACAUUCCACCAUCGUGAGAAGAAGAAGUUGCCUUCUUUUCUCGACUGGUUUGGGUGGUGCACGUGGGAUGCAUUCUACACAGAUGUGACAGCCGAAGGCGUCGUUGAUGGCCUUAAAAGUCUCUCUGAAGGAGAAACUCCACCGAAAUUCCUGAUCAUAGACGAUGGUUGGCAACAGAUAGAAAGUAAAGACAAAGAAGCGGAAUGCGUUGUGCAAGAAGGAGCACAGUUUGCUAAUAGACUGGCUGGUAUCAAAGAGAACAAAAAGUUUCAAAAGAAGAACCAGAGCAAUGAACAAGCAUCAGGACUAAAGAAUGUUGUUGACGAUGCCAAGCAAUGCCACGAUGUGAAGUAUGUUUAUGUAUGGCAUGCUUUAGCCGGUUACUGGGGUGGAGUUAAUCCCUCAGCCACUGGAAUGGAACACUACGAUAGCGCAUUAGCAUACCCGGUUCAAUCCCCGGGUGUAUUGGGGAACCAACCGGAUAUAGUAAUGGACAGCCUCGCGGUUCACGGGCUAGGUCUUGUCCACCCAAAGAAAGUUUUCAACUUUUACAAUGAGCUACACUCGUACCUGGCUUCAUGUGGUGUAGACGGAGUGAAAGUAGAUGUGCAGAACAUCAUCGAGACCCUCGGUGCCGGUCAUGGUGGGAGAGUCUUUCUUACACGCAGCUACCACCAGGCUCUCGAGGCCUCCAUUGCUCGGAACUUCCUGGAUAAUGGUUGCAUUGCUUGCAUGUGUCACAACACAGAUGGAAUAUACAGUGCAAAACAGACCGCCGUCGUUAGAGCAUCCGACGAUUUUUACCCGAGAGAUCCAGCUUCUCACACCAUCCACAUCUCUUCGGUCGUGUACAACACCCUUUUCCUCGGGGAAUUCAUGCAACCUGACUGGGACAUGUUCCACAGCCUACACCCAGCUGCAGAGUAUCAUGCCGCGGCACGUGCAGUAGGGGGAUGUGCGAUCUAUGUCAGUGACAAGCCGGGCAACCACAACUUUGAACUGUUGAGGAAAUUGGUUCUUCCAGAUGGUUCAGUUCUUCGUGCCCAGCUUCCUGGCAGGCCAACCCGUGAUUGCCUCUUCGUCGAUCCAGCCAGAGACGGCGUCAGCUUGCUCAAAGUCUGGAACCUGAACAAGUGCUCCGGCAUUGUUGGUGUCUUCAACUGCCAAGGCGCCGGUUGGUGCAAAGAAACAAAGAAAAACCGCAUUCACAAUGCUUCUCCUGGGAUCCUCACCGGUUCAGUCUAUGCCGAUGAUGUCGAUCUCAUGGCCCAAGCUGCCGGUGCAGAGUGGAAUGGAGAUACAGUGGUCUAUGCAUUCAGAUCAGGGGAGGUGAUAAGACUACCAAAAGGCGCCUCCAUCCCGCUCACUCUCAAAGUGCUCGAAUAUGAACUCUUCCACUUCUCUCCGUUGAAGGAAAUCGCUCCAAGCAUCGCAUUUGCACCAAUCGGUGUGCUCGACAUGUUCAAUGCCGGUGGUGCUGUGGAAGCCAUAGAAAUCAACAUGGUCACUGACAAGGAACCUGAGUUCUUCGACGGAGAGGUCCCCUCAGAAACGAAUCCUACCGCCCUCAGCGAAAACCGUUCCCCAACUGCUGUGAUCUCACUCAAGGUCAGGGGUUGCGGCCGCUUUGGAGCCUAUUCUUCUCAACGUCCGCUAAAAUGCAGUGUCGGUAACGCAGAUACAGACUUCAACUACGACACUGCCGCAGGACUGGUGACAUUCAAUCUCCCUGUCCCAAAGGAAGAGAUGCACAGAUGGCUUGUAGAAAUUCGCAUCUGAGCAACAUUGGAACGAUCGCCAUUGGUGUUCAUCAUAUCAUUCAUAUCACGAUAGGAAAUAACAAAUGCUAGUAGUAGUAGUAGUAGUAGUGUCUUACAUAUGUAAUGUCCCACAAGUGGAAUCGUCUUCGAUUCGCGUUUUAGGCUUUUAGCUGUUAGUCAUCGAGCUCGAGCGAGAGCUAGCUCCGUUGUUAUGUACCUUCUCUGAAAUGAAAGAAAUCAACCUUGCAUUGCAAACA